GUUUUUCCCUCGGUAUUUUUGGUCGGUUGACGGAAUAGAUACCCCAAUGCCAAUGGAAAAGAUUUCCAGCUGAUGUUAUUUUGCAGCUAGCAGUGAAGAUGAUGCAUAAUUGCUCCCCUUCACUAGAGUUGGCAUGAAUGGGAAAUAGCCUUAAUAAAUUUGAUCAGUGAAUGGUCUAACAAUCUCUGGAUUAACUUGGCACAUUAAUGACAAAGCGAUCUGCCGUGAUGACAAAUAGAGCAGAGAGGUUUCCUCCUUUGCAGUGGAAGAAAGAUCACAAUGGCUGGAUCUGGGGCUACGUUAACGUGUUUGACUUGCGCAGUGGCCGGUCAAUUAAAAACCCACUUGCAGACAGAAGGCAAUCUAGAAAAGAAGUUGACAAAGCAAUCUGCCAUGAUGAAAACUCUAAUUCAUGUAUGAAGUUCGAAGCGCCAAAUCCGUGUGAAAAGAGUUUUAAUGUCAAGGAUGUUGAUAAAAGUGUGGCAGCGACUCUAGAGUUUAAGACAAGUGUGAAGGAACUGAUUGAAGAAGAUAUGUUAGCUGAUGAGCAAAAUCUUAAGAAACAGAGAAAUGACAUUGAACUUGAUCCUGGAGCAUGUAGUUUGCGCAAGGGAAGGAGCGUUACAAAGUGGAACUCCAAGAGGACAUAUGAAACUUAUGAUAGAUCCAGAAGAAGUAUGUCUCUACCUGAUUUGGAUGAUCUCAACUCUGAUACCAAACUGCCAGAUCAAGUUGAUGUAGUUCUUGAAGCAAAGUUAGGUGCAGCCAUUGACAUGUGUGUAAGCCACAAAUUGAAGAAUGCUAGAUGCUUGGGAGAAGAUGAGGUAAUUGAUAACUCCAAAGAGUUUAUAGAUGCUUUGAAAACACUAAGCUGCAAUAAGGAAUUAUGCUGGAGACUCUUACGAGAUCCAAAAUCUAGGCUGGUGAAGCACAUUGAGAGCUUAGAGGAUGAAGGUGAGGAAGGGAGGACAACUACCACAAGGCAUAUUAAAUCUAAUGUGAUGCAGAAAGAUGAUAAAGUUAAAACAAGAAAGUGCCACUUUUUUCGCAGGAGAAGCAAGAGUCAGGAAAGCUACCACCAUCCUUCAAUGGAAUAUGAGAGAUCCCAUCAUUCUACCAAAAUUGUAAUUCUAAAACCUUCAACUGCUGGCUUACACCCUUCACAUACCUUGGUCAAUAAGUUAGAGCAGAAUGUGAAAAACUUAUCGCACUUCUCGUUCACAGAGAUUAAAAAAAGGCUGAAGAAAGCCAUGGGAAAAGAAUGGCAAGAGAUCCCCAGGGACUUGACCAUUCGUAAAAAGCACAAUAAUACCAACAAAGUUGGGAUCAGUGGAGAAAAUAAUGGAUGGAGCUCUCCAAACAGAAACCAUUUUUACAUCGAGAGAUUUGCAAACCCUCCCUUUAACUUCACACGAGGAGAUACAAAAGGCAAGGCAAAAGACAUUGAAAAUGAAGAAUCUAAGUAUAUUAAGCUGGAUAUAUCAAACACCCCUCUUCAGGGAAAACACAAAAAAGAGGAAGAGUUAAUUUGUGAGGAUCUUCCUCGUGAGGUUCAGUCUUUUGCUGCAGGGAUCAAUUCAGAACAGGUUAAUGCAAGGGUUGAAGUUCCAUGUGACCUUACUUGUGACAAUUUAUUGGAAAUAGACAUUUCUUCUUGUAAUUAUGAAGUAGCUAAAUCAGAUAGGGAAGAAUCAGCCCCAACUGGAUACCAGGAGGAUGAAAAGGUUUUAGGUGCCUCUUGUGAGCGAAAUAGCUUUCCAGUUACCAUAGAUAGUGGACAUGAUGUCACACAAAUGGUGGACGAAGAAACCUCCUUCAAAAUCUCAGAAGUUGCAUCCAGAUAUUUAUCCGAUUCCUGUGGGGAAAAAGAAAAUUUAUGUUGUUGGUCGGCUCCCCCAGACGUCAAUCCUUCCAGCACUGUGUACCAUUCAGUUGAACUCCCAAUUCAACCUCCGAGUGUUCAUUUCAAGGAACCAGCAGCUUCAUUGGACCAACAACUUGAUAUGUUUACUUUUUCUGAAAAUGAAGAGUCUGCAUUUGAAUAUGUCGAAGCGGUGCUGCUAGGUUCAGGAUUAAAUUGGGAUGAAUAUAUAUUAAGCUGGCUUUCUUCAGAUCAGAUUCUUGAUCCAUCGCUGUUUGAUGAAAUAGAGUUACUGACUGAUCGGUCCUGUAAAAAACUCCUCUUUGAUUGUGUGAACGAUGUUCUUUCUGAGAUAUGUGGCCGCUACAUUGCCCAGUUCACUGGCAUGUCAUUUGUUAAACACAGCCUUCGAUCAGCUCCAAAGGGGAUGGACCUAAUCCAAGAGGUCUGGAAAGGAGUUGAAUGGUGGUAUCAUCUCAACAACACUCCACCACCCACCCAUUCUUUGGAUCCGCUAGUCGAAAAAGAUAUGGCAAGGCCUGCAGCAUGGAUGGACCUGAAAUAUGAUCUCUUAAACAUUGUUUUUAGGAUAGAAGAAGCUGUUCUAGAGGAGUUGGUGGAGGAAACUCUUUUGAUCUUUGUGAAUGAUAUACUUUAGAGGGCUAUGGCAUCCCCCCGGCAGAGAGCAAAGUAGAGGUCAACUAUGACUAUAGAACUAUAGAAACUCAUUAUAAAAAAAGAAACUUGGGGAAUUGAUCAAAGAAGAUAACUAGUUGAAUCUUGAGCAUCCUGAAAUAAAUAUCUAUACUUGGUCCCGAGUAUGUGUGGCGUGCAGCCAUGCCAGCAGCUCAAUUUCAGUUUCUUCCCCCAUGUGCUAGGAAUGAGGUACUGCACCGUGCUUCGUAUAUAAUUUCUGCUGUUCAUUAAGGGCCUGUUUAGAACCCAGAAAAUAAUAGGAAAGAAAAUAUGAAUAAGACUUGGAAGUUAAAAAGUUUAGGAAAACAUAUAAAGAUAGCCAAAAACUCUGUAAAUUUAAUACAUUGUAAAAUAAGACUCUGACAGUUGGACAGCCAUGUCAUGCUUUUAUGUUACUAACGGCUGUUGGUAGAUUUAGUGAGUUGGUUUAGUUGAAGUCGUUGAAUGUGAUUGCUUUUCCAAUAUUCUAAACAAACAAAAAAAGGAUAGUAUAUGUCCAACUAAUAUGUAAUUAUAUCAACGGUUGCCAUUUUAUCUAUCACUGGAAAAACAAACUGCCUUCAAAUUGUUAUGCUCCUAUGAUUUUGUAAGGGAAGGAACAUAUUGUUUUAAGGAACCUGUUUCUACAUAAAAUGUUUCACAAGCUUAAGAAAUGUGUCUGUUGAUAAAGUGAAUGGUGGUACCGUUAGAAAACUUCAUAAAUACCCCCUCCUGGUUUUGGAAAAUGGUGCCUUUUCAUUCUUACAAUCAACACACAACUUACUUUCCUUCUCUAAGCUCCGUCUCUCUAAACCUGGAUCAACUAACUGUUAAUAUGAUUAUAAGAUGGCGGAUUCAAAGACCAAGAUUAGUAGGGUGAAGGAGUUUCAAGUUUCAACUACUCUUCAGCAGAAACUACGGCAGAUGAGUGGUUUGGAAUGACACUUUCCUAGUGGGGAAUCCAACUAAAUACAUGUUGAAGGCAUGGUCAGGAGUAUAUCCUUCAGGUUCGAAUUGAGGAACACACUCAUGGUUUCUGGAAUGACAACAAGAAAAGAUUCAUAAAAAGGUCAAGCUGCCGAAAAGAAUUUUAACUGGAAGUGCUGUAAUUGUUGCGAGCUGGUAAUAAAUAUUUGGAGUGACAGGCACCAAACGAGGCGAAUGUCCAAGUUAACAUAGUGGAUCAUGCUGAUGGAGAUGCUGAUGUUUGCACAAUAGUCUCCAAGAUAAGAAUGGCUAGGUCUGACCUGAAAGAAUGAUGAAUUGGCACCGCCGUUAGGCACAUAAACUUAACCAGCAGAUGAUCACCAUUUUUAACGGAUAUGCAUGGUUGGAGCAUCCUAGAAUUCGUCAUGAAGAUAACUUUAGGCAAACCGUUUCUUACAGUGCCAAAAGGGAUAGCAGUAUUCUUUGUGUAGCGAUGCUAUCUCAUUGAACUUGCACAAUAAUGCUUUUUAUAGCUGCAAUUUCUCAAAUUAAAUUAGUUAUCUAAUUCCCUACUUCCAUUAGUUUUUUUGUUCUUACUGAUUUGAGGAAAGCUAAUGAAAGAUCAAAGUUUGUAAGAACUGUUUACUUCACGUGUGGUGAAGUAAACAACUUUGUAUUUCUUCUCUGUUUUUGUUUAUUGUAUUUUUGGUGUUGCAAAAUUUAGAAAAUAAAAUGGAAUUAAUUAAUGCAAUGUUAUGUACG